GCCUCGCCGCUGCUCGCUUUGAAUCCUGAGCGCUGGGUUAAAGCUUAAUUCUCAUGUUGUGGUUGCUGGGCUGCCGCUUUCCCCCGUUUUGCGAUGGGAGGUGGAGGAAAAGGGAUUGUCCGUGAGUCAACACUGAAAAUGUGAUUAGGAGGAACUGCUUUCACUAAUCUGUUUCUAACCUUUUAGUCCAUGUUGGCCUGUGACCCCUUUCAGCUUUCAGAUCGAGCCUGAUUAGACCACAACACUGGUCUCCCUAUGGAAGCAGCUGUUUCUAUCUGGCAUUGAGAUCCCAUGGAGAAGCUGAGGAGGGGGAUGGCUCUUCAUAUCCAUGAAGCCUGGAUACUUCUGUUUGUAAUCCCUGCUUUGGUCACUCCAGCUGCCAUCAAUCAUGAAGACUACCCUGCCGAUGAAGGGGACCAGACCUCCAGCAAUGACAAUCUGAUCUUUGAUGACUACCGAGGGAAGGGCUGCGUGGAUGACAGUGGCUUUGUGUACAAACUAGGAGAACGUUUUUUCCCGGGACAUUCCAACUGUCCCUGUGUCUGUACUGAGGAUGGACCUGUUUGUGAUCAACCAGAAUGCCCUAAAAUCCACCCAAAGUGUACAAAAGUGGAACACAAUGGAUGCUGUCCAGAAUGCAAAGAAGUGAAAAACUUUUGUGAAUAUCAUGGGAAAAAUUACAAGAUCUUGGAGGAAUUUAAGCCCUCGCCAUGCGAAUGGUGUCGCUGCGAGCCCAGCAAUGAAGUUCACUGUGUUGUAGCAGACUGCGCAGUUCCCGAGUGUGUCAACCCAGUCUAUGAACCAGAACAGUGUUGUCCUGUCUGCAAAAAUGGUCCGAACUGCUUUGCAGGAACCACGAUAAUUCCCGCCGGCAUCGAAGUGAAGGUGGACGACUGCAACAUCUGCCACUGCCACAACGGGGACUGGUGGAAGCCGGCGCAGUGCUCCAAGCGCGAGUGCCAGGGCAAGCAGGCUCUGUAGCGGCAAAACCCUCCGCCAGCGGCACCGCCGGCCAAACAACCCGCCGGUGACGAUGACGAUGACGACGAAGGAACGGCUUCGACGCUGCGCACGCGUCCGACCUCCCGCCAGCUGCAGCAGGGUCACCAGCAAAACCUGCGAGGGUUUCACACAAGCAGAGAUUUUACUUGCGGGGAAGGGUCUCCCUCUCCCCCCCCCUUCCUGCUCUUCUCUCACUUUACACACUAUGUAUCCAGUAUCUAGGUAUCGACACUGCUUUUGUAAUUAUCAGUGCUUGGUAGGGAUGCGGUGGUCAGAUUUGGGGAGGAAAAA